AUGAAGCUCGAGCCCAUGUCCGCUAUUGUCGCGGCCACGGCCGCGGCCGCGCCCGCUACUCUGGCUGCCAGAGCUGCGGCCGCCGCCGCUGCCGCCGCCGCCGCCGUUGCUUCAGUCGGCAGUGGAGAGUCAAAAGCUCCCGGAAGAACGGCGGUGGCGGCGGCGGCGGGUGACUCGGGCGGUCCCGUAAGGGCAGAUUUCACCGGGUGGCAGUCCUGGCCGAAGACACGGCAAGAGUCGAGACCCGAAGACGGCGGGAUCGACGACGCUUCGGGCAAGGUAGACAUGAACGGGUCCGGAGCAGGCCUUCCCCUCCUUCAGGCCUCCCCGUACCCGUGCUCCGAGAGCGGGGCCGGCAAGAAGAACGGCGAAGAGAGCAGCGGUGACGGCACGGGCGGAGGAGGCUCGAGCGGGACGACGGACGAGGAAGGUCGUCGUCUCGAGAAGAAGCAGGAACCCGCCGACCCCAAGCAGAAAGUUCGCGCACAGACUUCCCCGGAACAGGAGGCCCCCGAACCGGCGACCCCCAAGCUGGAGGCCCCCAAGGAGCAGGUUCCCAGGCAGCAGCACAAGCCCUUCCAACAGCAACCUACCACACCGGAACCUCCCCCGCAGAAGGCGUCCACACCGGCGCCCUCCAAUGCGAAGGCCCCCAAGCGGAAGGACCCCAGGCGGGAGCCCCUCAAAUGGAAUGGCACGGCUAGCAGAGGGGGGCGAGCUUCGGGCAAAAGUGGCAGCGGCAGGACGUUGCGGAGGACCACGGCGACCGCCACCCGUUCUAGAAGAAACCCGGUCGCCGCCGGUGGGUCGGCCGCCAAUGAUUUCGCGGCGAUGCCUCCGACCGGGGUGAGGGGGGGAAAGCCAGGCCGUGGUUUUCCCAUCGGAGGCCCCCGGCGUGCCCAACGCCAAGCGGCGGCGGCGGCGGCGGCGGCGGCGACUCGCGCUAGUGCGAGGACCCCUGAGCGUAGCCCCAGCUCGGAGAAGGUAGCCGCAGGCAGCUGUGCUGCAAGCACGAGAGGGAAGAGGAAACAUCAGGUGGGCGACGGCGGCAGGGCACUCCCCUCGAAAUCUCCGCGUAGCCCCGGCCGUCAUGCGACGGCCUUGGGUAUCGCUGCCGUGGCUGUGUUGGCGGCGGCGGCGGUGCUUCCCCCGGGUGCCGCAAACACCCCCUUGCAAAUGCCUGAGAAGAUGAGGCCUUCUUCCGUUCGAGGCAGCGGCGGGGGCGGCGGCCGCGGCGGCGGUAAAGCCAAUGAAGAUCGAAGCGGAGAGAGCAGCGGGAGCAUUCCAUAUGCCGAGAGUACAGAACUUGAGGACAACAGCGGCGGCGGCGGCAAAGCCUGCGAAGGUCGAAACGGAGAAGGAAGCGGGAGCGUGUCUAUGGUCGAGGGCACAGAUGUCGGGGACGAAAGCGCCGGUGCCGGCGCCGGCGGUAAAUCCGAUGAAGAUCGAACUACAGUUGAGGGAAAAGAUCCCGGAGAUGACCCUGGCGGCGGCGGUAACGACGGCCUUCCUGCUGUGGUAGGCCGUUGCUCUGCCCCUGUCGGGGGAGGGAAGGCCGGUCGAGCGAGAAGAGACAAGAAAAACAAGAAGGAAGGGGCAUUACGCUCACCCCCCAACGCCGCUGCGGAAGUAAGGUUCCUCAAGUCCAAGGAAGCUCAUGCCGUCCCCCUUACCCCGACCCCGCGGUAUUACCUGCCGGCAGACCAGGGCGGGCCCAUGAUCGAGGAUGCCGCCGGAGUCCCCGCCACGGAGCACGGGGACGGGACAGGAGGCGGCCGGCGUUUCAGGCCUGCGCUGAGCGAGGGGGGCGCCGACGUGAUAUGGGACCGCCGGCGGUUUAACCUCACGGUACCGGCGAAGUUGGGCGGCGGCGGCGGCGGCGGCGGCGGCUGCUGCUGCGGGGGAGCGGCCGUCGACGAAGCGACAACGGAAGAGGCGGGAUGUUUGUCGGCUGACUCUUCCCUGGAGACGGCGGGUUCGCCUCCGCACGGGUCCGACGGCGGCAACGGCGGCCACGACAAGGGGAAAGGAAAGGAUCCACCGCCCCCUCGUGAUAGCACCCCGCGGGCGAGGAAGAAGGAGCGCAUGCUGACGCUCAGGGAAGAGCAGGACGAGAUUUUCAAGACGCUCGUCAACAGCAGCCGCCAGAAGGAUCUCAUCACCCCCCAGGAAUACGGACACGCGGGUGGUUACUUCGGAGACAGGGAGCAGCCUUUCGAAGUAGUGGUCCAUCCCCACGUCCACUUCGUAGCCGAUGCGCACGCGUACAUGAUGGAGAAGAACGAAGUCAUUGGCUGGCUCGGAGGUUGGUUCGACGAGGAAAACAAGGUGCUGUACGUCCAGACGGCGGUUCCGUGUCGGGAGGAUCAGGAGCUCUCGGGCGGGGCCAGGGGCAUGACGGAGGUUUCCAUGUGCCAGGCGUCGUCGUUUCACACCAGCGAGGCCAUUCGGGGUCGUGGUCUGCAGCUGGUUGGCUGGUAUCACUCGCACCCAAAGUUCGUCAAUGACCCGUCUCCGAUCGACGUAGAGAACCACCAGAUGUUUCAGGCGAGCGCGAAGGACGAGAGUGGCGAGGGCUCCUCGGGUGCGUGGGUUGGGCUCAUCGUCGGGAGGAAGACGAGUCCGAGUGACUUCCGGUGGUUCCGAAACGCUCAUGUGGAGCGAGUGGUGAGAGACGAAAACGGCGACGUGGUUCACACGGAGACGGUUUUGUGCCCGAUGCUCCUCCGCACCCUCUUGGCCUCGAGUGUCAUGUCUCCAGCGGCGACAGCAGCAGCAGCAGCAGCAGCCGCAGCAGCAAUAGCAUCGGCGCCAGCGUCAACACCCGAGGAAGAAACAGCAGCGAGAAUAGAAGCGCUGACAUUAGAAACGGGAGCAGCAGCAUUGGCAACCGUAGAAGCAACCGUAGGAGGAGGAGGAGCAGCAGCAGGAACACAGGCGGCGAGCUCUAACACCGCCCCCUUGCCGAAUAUGGAAAGCGCUCGGACUCCGCGCGCUGAGUGUCUAGCCUCGCAUUCUGCGGGGCAUGUCGAAGUUUGCCGCGAUCGUCGUUUGUGUGCGUCAGGAGGGUGGGAGGAAGCAGGCAUGUUGGCCGGGGGGACAGGGGAAGGGGUCGACGGGGGGGGGGUUGAUGGGGCUGUCGACGUUUCGCUCCGACAGCAGCAGCAGCAGCAGUGGCAGCGGCAGCAGAGGAAGCGGGGGAGGGUGGUUGCACGCGCACGGGCGGCGACCAAGGCGCUGGAGCGAGCAGGUCAGAAGUCCGCUACCCACCUGGUGGUCAAGAACUUGGACGAUACUCUAUAUGCUGCUGCUACUGCUGCUGCUGCUGCUGCGGAUGGUGGUGGUGACGGAGAUGUCGGAAGGGCUGCCGCUCUUGCUCCCGUUGCCCCCACCAGCAACAACGGCGGCAGCGAGAGCCCCCUCCCGUCUUACGUGCCGGCAACCGUAAGAGUUCCUGCCAACACCGACACAAACACCACCGCCGCCGCCAUCGACGCAGGUUAUCCACCGCUUGGCUUACCUCAGCAAGGAUCUGCAGUAAAUGGCGUUAAAGCACCCUCCGGCGAUGUCACGCAGCAGGCUGGGAAACUCGGAGCCGCUACCCUAGACGGGAUCAUCGCCAUCGCCAGCGACCCUCCUUUGAUCAUGUCGGAGGAAGCCCUGGAGAUCUUGAAGGGGGCUACCGGUGGCGGGAGCGGAGAGGGAUUCGAAGGUUACGGGCCGAAGAUGGACCGCAUCGUGGAGUCGGUGACGAGCUUGGGCAGGUACUACGCGGGGGUGUCGGGAAGAGCAUCCCUCUCCAACGGCGCUAAGGCGGGCAUGCCCACGUUGGCGAAGCUCGCCGGAUCACUGGCGCAGACGGUGCAACACAUGGAGUUGGACCCCUCUGAGGCAGACGAGUUUAUCCACGACGCGUGCUUCUUCCUGCUGGCAUGUUUCCGAGAGACCGACGUGAGGAUCGCGAACCAGCAGAGGCGUGUCGGUGUCGGGAAAAAGCGAAGAGGGCGGGGAGGGGGCGGGGGCGGGGGCGGGUCUGUCGCGAACCCCCGCCGCCGGUCCAGAAGAAACCCCGCCGAGGUAACAAGUAGCUGAUGCGUUGAACAUGUACCACAGCGAAAUGUGUGUGGGCCGGUGGCGCCGGAUUAGAUGGGAUCGAGCACACGCAUAACAUUGUAGAAGCUUGCUGUUUCCCUUGACGAGUAAACUUAUCGCUGCUUUCGUGACGUGUUUGUUGUUGAGUGUUUAAUUGGUUGCCUUGAGCUCGGUCUUUUUGUUUUUUUGUGAUAAUGUCUUGUUUUUUCCGCUUGGAAACAUUUCCAUGGACUUGCUUUCGGAAUUGUUACCAGUGCGUCCUAUCGUUUAUGGAUGUCGAAUAUGAAGAAGCAUGCGUGUGAGGGAUGAUGGAGUGAGGAGGCUAUUUUGUCUGGCCAGUUCAAUGCACAACCAUUGUUUGAAUUUUUCCUGGAGGCGUUUUUCACAGCCC